AGGCACAAAGUGCGGGGAGUCAGUCUCUGUCCGCUCCGCUCCGCACCGGGUCUGCCCGAACCCCCACACCGGCCCCUCAGCCUCUCCGCUCCGCACCGGGUCUGCCCGAACCCCCACACCGGCCCCUCAGCCUCUCCGCUCCGCACCGGGUCUGCCCGAACCCCCACACACCGGCCCCUCAGCCUCUCCGCUCCGCACCGGGUCUGCCCGAACCCCCACACACCGGCCCCUCAGCCUCUCCGCUCCGCACCGGGUCUGCCCGAACCCCCACACACCGGCCCCUCAGCCUCUCCGCUCCGGGUCCGACCCCUCAGCCCUGACCCCUCUACUCACCGGCCCCUCAGCCUACACUCACCCCGGCCCCAGGGCUCCCCAUUCCCAGCCUGUGUCGGUACCGGACGCCGGAACCCCGGACAUGUCGGACAUCGGUUCUGAGGAGUUUGAAGAGGAAGCGGAACCCGAUCUGGGGGAGUACGAGGGGGAGCGUAACGAGGCCGGGGAGCGACACGGGCAGGGGAGAGCGCGGCUGCCCAAUGGAGACACCUACGAGGGCCAAUACGAGGGGGGCAAGAGACACGGGCAGGGAACAUAUCGAUUCAAGAACGGGGCCCGAUACAUCGGGGAGUAUCAGCAGAACAAGAAGCACGGGGCGGGCACCUUUAUGUACCCCGAUGGCUCCAAGUAUGAAGGGGACUGGGUGGAUGAUCAGCGCCAGGGACAAGGGGUUUACUAUUACCCCAAUGGGGACACCUACAGCGGGGACUGGCUGUCUCACCAGAGGCACGGGCAGGGGGUGUACACCUACGCUGAGACCGGAUCCAAGUAUGUCGGCACCUGGGUGAAUGGGAAACAAGAGGGAUCCGGGGAACUCGUUCACCUCAAUCAUCGUUACCAAGGAAAGUUUGUUGGCAACUCACUCCUUGGACCAGGGAAAUACAUUUUCGACAUUGGAUGUGAGCAGCACGGCGCCUAUGAACAGACAGAGCAGGAGAAAGACGAGGAUGAAGAAGAGGAGCCUCUGGCAGUGCCAGUCACCAGAUGGAAAGCUGAGAAUAUCACUGGCAUUACCUACUUGUCCCCAACUGCAGAGGCCAUGCCCCCUGCCCCAGUGGUCGGAGAGCCCGGCGAGGCCGAAGCAGCAAGCUCUGAGCCUGUGCCCACGGGAGGUGCCCCUGUGCCAGCAGACCAGGAGGCGGAGCUUGCACUACCGUUAGUGAGUGAAGCCGAGGCAGUGGGCGUGCCCUCGGAAUCCCUAGAAGAAAAAGCCCAACUCACCUCUAGGAUUUCUGAAAGUGAGGAGACAUUUGCUGAAGAAUGAAUCUCAUCUAACGACCCGAAACCCCAGGACUGAGUGGCAGGUACUGAGAUCCCUAUAGUGAUGGAAACUACAGUCAGUGCCAGCCCGUCGGACCUUAAUGCACAUCUGUGCCGACCCCUCCCUGUGUAUCGGUACCGGCCUCUCCCUGUACGUCGGUACCGGCCUCUCCCUGUGUAUCGGUACCGGCCCCUCCCUGUGUAUCGGUACCGGCCUCUCCCUGUACGUCGGUACCGGCCUCUCCCUGUGUAUCGGUACCGGCCCCUCCCUGUGUAUCGGUACCGGCCCCUCCCUGUGUAUCAGCCUCUCCCUGUGUGUCGGUACCGGCCUCUCCCUGUGUAUCGGUACCGGUCUCUCCCUGUGUAUCAGUACCGGCCUCUCCCUGUGUAUCGGUACCGGCCUCUCCCUGUGUAUCGGUACCGGCCUCUCCCUGUGUAUCGGUACCGGCCUCUCCCUGUGUAUCGGUACCGGCCUCUCCCUGUGUAUCGGUACCGGCCUCUCCCUGUACGUCCGUACGGCCCCU